AUGGCCGCCGAUGCGCCCAUCGAAAUAGCCUCUCUAUUACAAUCUGCGUCCAUAAAGAGAAACCCUUCGCCCGCCCACGACCUCAAUCCCUCUACUGCCGCCUCCGAGAAGCAACCCGUCCGUCUCUCCCCACACGCAGAUCUCGAUGAUGUGCACGACGCUGCCGAAGAUGAAAUACCCAUCAGUCUGCUCGAUCCGAUACACAGGCGAACCACAAUGCCGCCACUUCCCGAUAUGAGAUUCGAGCAGAGCUACCUCAAGAGCAUCGAGAAGGCCGGAUCAUGGCAGGGCGUCUUGUGGAUCACACUGCGGGACCAGGUGGUGAUGUGUUUCAUGCAGGGCGUCCUGUGGAACCUCCUCGUCCAUGGCUGGCGGUACUUCAAUCGAUCUUCCAAGUUCAGCGGUCGGAGUAUUGGUGCGCGACUCAGAAGAUGGUGGUGGGGCGUGAAUAAGUGGUCGAUACCGUCGGAGAAAGGAUAUGGCUCUGCAGCCCGGACGCUAGCAAGGAACGCAACUGGGGUAUGUAUCGCUUUUUUAAAUGUCCGCACGCCUCGUAACACGCUCGGAGCUCGUGGAACUGUGCUAACCGAACUUCUAGCAUUAUAA